AUGACAGUCAUCUCGACACGAUCGACAGCAUUUAUGAUCGAUAAUUUACUAUCAUCAGCUAAUAAUCAAAAUAAAAUCAUCGAAACCGAAUUAGUAACUCAGUCAGUGGAUCACUGUUUGAAUAAUAAUCGACGUAAACGCAAAUCUUGGUCAUGCGAUGUCUGUGGCAAAAUGUUCGACCGACCGUCGCUUCUCAGUCGACACACACGAACUCAUACAGGGGAAAAGCCUCAUGUAUGUCCAACAUGCGGCAAGGCAUUUUCAACUUCGUCAUCAUUAAAUACUCACUGUCGAAUACAUAGUGGCGAAAAACCGCAUUCUUGCGAGAUAUGUGGAAAACGUUUCACGGCAAGUUCCAAUCUGUAUUAUCAUCGAAUGACACAUACAAAGAAAAAACCUCAUAAAUGUUUGUAUUGCGAUAAGACAUUCGCCACACCAGGUGACCUACGUGGUCAUACACACAUCCAUCAAGGUACUUGGCCAUAUCGUUGCAGUCAAUGUUCGAAAGGCUUUUCUAAACAAACGAAUCUCAAGAACCAUCUUUUAACCCAUACAGGACGAAAAGAUCACAAAUGUGAUGUAUGCGGAAAAUUAUUUUCCCUUCAUUGUAAUUUGAAAUCGCAUCAGAAACUUCAUCGGAAUAUUCAAAAUUUACACGAUCACGAUGAACCAACAUCAACAACAAACGAACUUUCUCCUCAUCCUUUCUUUUCAAACAAAUUCACUGUUGAGCUUUUUCAUUUAUUUAAUUCUGUACGAUCUUAUCCUUAA